CACACUUCUCUCAGUUGUUCAGUGUGAAUCCAGCUGGCUAAACAUGAUGAAGGAACUAACGAUACUCCUUUUCCUAUGUCAUGCUGCAUCUUCAGCAAAACACUCCUGGAAGUUUUAUGUCAUGAUAUCUUCUGAAUUCCCGAAUACCCCUGAUUAUUUAGCAGUGAUAACUAUUGAUGAUGUUAUGAUGGGUUCCUACAACAUAAACAUGAAAACAUUAGAAGCCCAACAAGACUGGGUAAGAGAGUUCAUAAAAGAUGAUCCUCGGCAAUGGGAAACAUACACUAAGAACUGCAUGAAUUAUCAGCAAAUCUUGAUUGAUGAAACUAGAAUUUUCAAGCAGCACUCAAAUGAAAUUGAAGGUGCCCACCUUAUCCAGCAGAUUUUAGGCUGUGAAUGGGACGAUGAGACCGAAAAGAUUAAUGGUUUUAAUCUAUUUGGAUAUAAUGGAGAGGACUUCAUUGCAUUUGACCUUGAGACUGGGACAUGGAUCACUUCAAAUGUGGAGGCUGAAAUCACCAAACAAAAGUGGAAUGGAAACAUCGCCAAAAAUAGUUUACUGAAGUACUUUUUAAAAAAUAUGUGCCCUGAUGGGAUGAAGAUACCUUUGAACUAUGCAAAACAUUUUCUGAAUAGAAAAGUUCUUCCCUCAGUGUUUCUCCUCCAGAAGACUCCCUCCUCUCCAGUCAGCUGCCACGCUACAGGUUUCUAUCCUGACAGAGCCGUGAUGUUCUGGAGGAAAGAUGGAGAGGAGCUUCAUGAGUAUGUAGACCACAAAGAGAUCCAAUCCAAUCAUGAUGGGACCUUCCAGAUGAGAGUUGACCUGAACAUUUCAUCAGUCACACCUGAAGACUGGUGUAGAUACGACUGUGUGUUUCAGCUCUCUGAUAGUGAGGAUGACAUCAUCACCAGACUGAAUAAAUCAGUGAUCAGAACCAACUGGAGGAAAACUGAAUUAAGAAAUGAAGCUCCUGACACCAGCUCUGAACUCUGAAUCCAGAGAACACAUAGACAAUCACAGCACUCUCCGGGGUUCAUCAGAUGUAAUAUAUGUAUGUGUCUGCAUUAUUCAUUUUUAUUACUCAUCUCUUGCCCUCCUCCACAACAUCUCUUUGUCUUGUUUACCUCCCCUCACCCCAACCUGGUCAGAGGAGAUGGUUCUGCUGGAGGUGUUUUCCUGUUAAAAGGCAGUUUUUCCUUCCCACUGCAG